AUGGGAUCGGAAGAAAUGUACCCACAUGAAGUGGCAUCGUUGGCCUACACACACAGCAUGGCCUACACACACAGCAUGGCUACUACCUCCAGUCCUGGUCGCUACCGAAUGGCAUCAUCGCUCUCGUCGCCCUCGUCACAAAAUACUCCUCUUUUUGAAAUCGAUGAAUCAUUGAAUGCACACGUUGAAAUGCCAUCGUGUCAGGGACACGAAAUCAAGGACAGUCUUCAAGACCCCCACUGGCUCCUACCACGGACAGAGCCACAGGAGCUCACCAGAGAAGGACGAGUGCGCACCAGUAACCCCAGUGCCAGCAAUCUGGAACAGUGA